AUUAGUUUACAAGGUCCACGUUGUAAAGUGACAGUUAUCCUGGUGUCGUUAAUGUCAAAACAAGAUCCUGCAUGAGAAGUUUAAAUAAACUGAAAAGCUCCAGAGAGUAAUGAGCUGACGACCUCAAUAAGAAUAUAAAAUGGCAGUCGGAAGAACGGGAUCCAAACACCCUGUCAAAAUCUUUGCAAACAUUUUUAUUUCAUUCAUUGGUGCUGGUGUUUUAGGACUACCGUUUGCAUUUAAAGAGGCAGGAAUUUUGGAGGGUAUCUUUGUGAUGGCUACAAUAGGUAUAAUCAGUGUGAAAGCAAUGUUGCUGUUAAUUGAUUGUAAAUAUAAGUUGAUAUCAGAAUACAGACUGCCAAGAAAUGAGAAAGCUAAAGUAGAAACUAGUCCAAAGAAAGUACAGGAAACAGAUGCAAAAGAGGAUGGAUUGUUGUCAUUACAGAUUGCCAAACAAGAAUUUGUUAACUUAAUAACAGAAGAGGAAGUCAAUAAGGAAGAAGAUCCAGGACAUGACUUGUCAUAUGGAGAUGUAGGUUAUUAUGCUAUUGGAUAUCAUGGUCGAUUACUAGUUGAUUUAGCUAUUGUUAUUUCACAAACAGGAUUCUGUUGUGCAUACUUAAUAUUUAUCACAGAGAAUUUAUCUGAUUAUAUGAGAUCUAUGAAAUUAAUACACUGGUUGCUUAUAUUAUUGCCACCAAUAUGUUUUAUGACCUUACUAAGACAUCUUGGUAGUCUUGCUAUGACAAGUUUAAUGGCCCAGUGUUCCAAUCUUCUUGCCUUUGCUGUUGUAUUUUGGUUUGAUUUUGAACAUUUUGAACAUGUUGAAAUUCAUCCAAAGAAGAUGUCUAUAGUUGGUCUUCCAUUUUUUAUAUGUAUUGCUAUUUAUUGUUAUGAAGGUGCUGGCAUGAUUUUAUCAUUAGAAUCUUCUUUAGCAAAGGAAGUCAGGAAACAAUUUAAAACGUAUUUUAUAUUUACCAUGUUUAUAGUAACAUUUUUGUACAUAUCAUUUGGAUCAGCUGGCUAUUUGUCAUUUGGUCCAGAAACAGAUGAAAUCAUAACAUUAAAUCUACCAAAAGGUGAUUCAUUAGAUUUUGCUGUAGUUGUCAAAUCUUUACUUUGUCUAGCAUUAUUUUUUACAUAUCCAGUAAUGAUGUUCCCUGUGAUGAAAAUUUUAGAAGGUUAUUUAAUGUCAAAUCCAGAAAAACAUAUAUGGAGAGGUAAUGCUUUACGUGUUAUUAUGGUAUUAGUCACAGGAAUGGUAGUUAUGGUUAUUCCUAACUUUGCUACCCUCAUGGCAUUAGUAGGAGCUACCUGUUGUACCAUGUUAGCCUUUGUAUUGCCAGGACUAUUCCAUAUGACUAUUUUCAAAGGAUCAUUAACUAUAUACCAGGUCAUAAUAGACUGGACGCUAAUGUUCAUUGGAAUUUUAGGGGCCAUUAUUGGGACCAUAGAUGCCUUUAAAAGACUCAGCAAUGCACCUUCUGAUGAAGUAAUGUUACCAGCAAAUUUGACUGCAACAGUGGGACAUAUUGUAUCAGAUAUUGUGGGUAACAUUACAACUGUCAAAUCAGCAUCACCCUAAUUUAUUUUAAAAGAAUCAUCAGUGAAUUUUAUUCUUUCUGGGAAUUGUGUAGAGUAUAGUUCUUGUAAUAUUGACAAUAGUAUUAUACUGGUUGGUAUGACCCAUGUCUUUCUUUGUGACAGAUUCUGCUGUGAAUCUGAGAUAUUCAGGUUGGGGUAACUUAACUGAACAGUAGCAAGUAUAGUAUUGUAAAUUUAGAAAUUAUAGUGAUGUUUUUAUUGAUGUGAAAAAUACAUGGACAUUCAUAUUUUUAUUUGUUUAAGUAAUGUUCAUUGGUUAUGUACUAUUUGGAUAUGAUUUCAAGUUCACCUUACUUAUCUUGCUUUAUGGAUGGUCAUCAAGGAUCAUGUUGUAAAUAUUCAAUCAGGAGUUGAAGCUGGGACCAAUAGAUAUGUAUUCAUUUAUAAGUCCCAGGUUGAAGAUCUAGAUUUAGUAUGGUUUUGUGGAAUUUAGCACUAGACGGGGACUUUUUUGUCCCAACACAUCUCGUUUCAAUAUUAACCAUUUAAGAGUUCAAUUAAGAGGAUCAUUCUAUUUAAAACUGAGGAAACCAAUGGCUGUAUUAAAUGUUUGCAUUA